AUGACGUCCUACCUGACUGCAAAGCUUGUCGGCGAGGGGUAUGCCCGGCCGAACGCAGACAGCGAUCUGCCGAUAGAUGUCCAGUACACCAAGCUCAGCGAAUGGCUGGUGGACCGCAAGCAGGUGCCCGCCGACUGGAACCGCAAGCUGCAGGCCAUCCAAGCCAAGGCGGCGGCGGCAGUGCGGGAGCUGCCGCCGGGCUUCCUGGGCCAGUUUGAAGGCGGCGAGGAUGCCCCGCUCGACUACUUCCAGGCCCAGAGGGUGCUGGCCAAGCUGAGCGAGACCGCGGAGAAGAGCCUGCUGGGGUCGCUGAAAGGGGCGGCGGGCGAAUGGGACAAGGUGGUGCGAGCCUACGAGUACAACCUCAUCUAUUUGGCGGAGGCGGCACAGACGCUGUGCCGCAACGCCGACUUCGAGAUCCCGUUCUUGAAGAAGCAGGCCGCCAAGUGCCAGCAGCAGCUGGCAGACCUGGAGAAGCGCAAGGCGGAGGCGGGCAGGAGCGCGGCGGCGGCGGCGGCGGAAUUCCAGCAGGCGCGUGAGUGUUCGGCGCUGGGCAUCGACUGCUCCAACAUUCGGGGCGGGCUGCUGGGCCUAACCGCCGAGCUACCCGCGCUGGCGGCGGCGGCGGUGGAGGCGCUGCAGGCGGAGGGCGUGAGCCAGGGCAUGCAGUACUAUGCUUCGGUUGCCGGCAGCCAGCAGCAGGAGCAGGGGGAGGCAGCCCUGCUCCCUGUGCUGGCAGAGGUGCGAGAGGGGCGCACUGAGGCGCCCGCAGCGGCGGCGGCGGCAGAGGCGCCGGCGCGCUCGGCCAGCGGCGACGGCGGCGAUGCGGCCGCGGCCGACAGCGGCGGCAGCGCCGCGACGGGGCUGCAGCUGGAUUGGGAUCUGGGCGCGGCGCUGGGGGCGGCUGGCGGGGAGGAGGCCGGCGGCGGCGGCGCGGCGGUACCGGCGGCGGGGAUCAGCUGGGACCUGGAUGCUUCUGACCUGGCAGCCGCUGCAGAAGACGGCGGCGAUGAUGCGGCAGGCGCAGGGGGCGGCGCCGCAGGCGGCAUCAGCUGGGAGGUAGAGGUGGACCCUGCUGACGUGGCGGCUGCUGCUGACGUGGCAGCUGACGUGGCGGCUGAGGUGGCGCCAGCUGAGAUCGCCUGGGACAUCGACAUCAGCGGCGUGGGCGAGGAGUCGGAGCAGCAGGAGCAGCAGCUGGCAGGGGCGCGGCAGCAGGGCGCGGGCGCAGGCGAAGCGGACGGCCCAUCCGCGGCUGCUGCUGCUGCGGCGGCGGCGGACGAGCCCGCCACCAUCCGGCGGCUGAUCGAGGAUGCCGCCUACCGGGCCCGCCUGCUGGAUGACCUGUAUGAGCUGAGGGCCUUCCUCAUGCAGCGCUGCCGCGAGCUGUCGGGGCGCAGCAGCGAGCUGCUGCUGGCGGCUGCUGCCGAGGGGGGGCUCCACGUCAGCGCCGACCAGGCGACAGACAUGGUCGGCGCGGUCGACGAGGCGCUGGCGCGGUUUGGGGGCGACAAGCUGAAGCAGCUGAUUGCGCUGCGCACCAGCAGCCACUACCUGGACCGUCUGGCGGCGGGGCUGCAGCAGAAGGCGGCGCAGGAAGCCAAGGCGGCGGCCGAGGCGGAGGCGCGGCGUGGCGGCAUCCAGAGUCAGCUCAUGGCCGACUCGGCCAAGCUGGCGGUGCUGGUGAAGCACACGCGGCAGGCCAAGGAGGAGGUGGAGCGGGCGCUGUCGGCCAAGCUGGGGCGCCGCAUCAACGUCAUGGGGGAGGUCAACCAGCUGCUGGUGUAG